AUGGCUUUUGAUCCGACGCAGCCCUGGGAUGAUCCAACGGUCUUUUUCCCCAAUGGAAUGUACAUUGACAAUCGCCCCAGCAACAAGCGUGGCAAACUUGAUGACGAUGACGAUGAGAAGACCUUCUUUCUCAAUGCUUCCAGUUUGACGGCUUUGAGUCGGUACAUAGGAUCGGCCAAAAAGCUUCUGACCAAUCGCGGCGAAUACCUUAACGAUUUGUCGCUUAAGGAUGAUCCAGAACUGAUCGGUGAAGACCUUCGCCGGGAGAUUGACGAUCUUAUGGUCACUCAUACCAAGAUCAAAGGUGACUGUGGGAAAUUCAAGGAGGAAACCUGGAUGGAGAUCCUCGAGUCAGCCAAAAGGAUCAGAGAAUAUGCCGAUACGCAGGGCGGAACCACGGAAACGUCGUAUUAUGCUACGAUCAUAGAGUUUGUCGGAUUAUACUGGGAGGAGAUGCAGAAGGAAGAGCCGGAUCCACGUGAGCUUCAGGAACUAAAGGAUAGUAUCAUCUACGCCGUCAACAAGUGUCGGGCAGAGAUCGAAGUCCUGCAGGGUAAAGUAACCGAGGUUAUUACGGAACUAGACAGCUUCAAAGGCACCAUCGAGGGCCAUGAUGAAUUGCUCCGAGGCAAUCAGAAUCGGAUUGGAUUACAACUGCAGAAAGCGGGAUAUGACGUGGAAGACAUCCAAGAGAAGAUUGACAACGUCAAUGACGAGAUCGCUGAUGUCCAGGAUGACAUCGAUAGGAAAAACAAGCAGAUCUCGGACGCUAGAAAAUACAGUUGGAUUGGGGGACUGACGGGUGCUUUAAUCGGCGAGGCGGUCGUCGCUAAGUUCAAGUCCCAGCUGAAGGCCCUGAAAGAGAGCCUCACAAAACUCAAAGCCCUCCUCAAAGAGUAUGAGCAAGAGCAGAAGCUUGCGGUCAAUUUGCAGCAAAGUGUUACAGUUAUGAAGUGCCAAAUCACAGAGCUAAAAGAUCAGAUCGGUCCCGCCAAAGACGAUCUCGGAAAGCUCCAAGGAGCCUGGCAACUAAUUGAUAGUCAGCUAGAGGGGAUAUACAAGCUGGUCAAGUUCGACACUGACAACAUUCCACCGGUGAGAAUGACAAAAAGACAGCUGCAAAGCAUUGUGGACGCCUGGAUCAAAUUGGAAGGCGAGGCGUCCGACUAUAUCAAGACUUUCUAUCUUAGCGAGGACCCUGAGGUAUUGACCCUGGAUGAAUACAUUGAAAGGGUUGUGCUAUGA